CUCAAAAAAGAAACAGAAACAUCAAGCUUUUGGUAUCAAAGAUUAUGUGGUAGCAAUCAAGCCAUGCAGACAACAUACCUUUGAUGUUUGAUCUGAAGAAUAUUGUCCAUUGACAAAAUAUGGCAUCACUGACUGUAGUCAUGACUUGGUUAGUAGUGCUGGGAACAGUGGUAGAAAGCAAAGGUUCUACAACGCCUAUAGCUCAUCCAACAUUAUUAGAUACAACAAAUCCUCAAAAAGAACCAGUGAAUGAUGAUAAAACCAAAUUGUCAGAAGCACCUCAUGAGAGAAAACAGGAUGAGGCAAGAAAUCACACAGGAGAAACUUUAGAUAAUGUAUACCAUACAAGCACUUCCCAUCAUCCCUCAGAUGUUCAUUCAGAUAAUGUGACAAGAGGUAGUGAACAUGACCAUGUUAUGAACAAUACCAGCACUCCCUCUGGUCCUGUAACAUGGUACAGUGAAGAUGGCAGUGUUAUGAACAAUACAAGUACUCAAUCUGGUCCUGUGACAAGCGGCAGUGAAGAUGACCAUGUUAUGAACAAUACAAGCACUAUCCCUGGUCCUGUAACAUGGGACAGUGAAUAUGGCAGUGUUAUGAACAAUACAAGCACUACCCCUGGUCCUGCAACAUGGGACAGUGAAAAUGGCAGUUUUAUGAACAAUACAAGCACUCCCUCUGGUCCUGUGACAAGUGGCAGUGAAGAUGACCAUGUUAUGAACAAUACAAGCACUCCCUCUGGUCCUGUGACAAGUGGCAGUGAAUAUGAACAUGUUAUGAACAAUACAAGCACUACCCCUGGUCCUGUAACAUGGGACAGUGAAGAUGGCAGUUUUAUGAACAAUACAAGCACUCCCUCUGGUCCUGUGACAAGCGGCAGUGAAGAUGACCAUGUUAUGAACAAUACAAGCACUCACUCUGGUCCUGUGACAAGGAACGGUGAAGAUGGCAGUGUUACGAACAAUACAAGCACUCCCUCUGGUC